AUGGUGCCUAGGGUGUUUCGUGAACUCAGCCCAAGUUCUUUCAACCCUAGAGUUGUCUCUAUUGGUCCUCUUCACAGAGAAGAUAAAAAACUGCAAGAGUUCGAAAGAUAUAAAGCUUCUUGUGUACAUGAUUUAUUGCAUCGUUUAGAUACCCCAACAGAAGAGACAUUGCAAGCAUGUGUGCGUAAGGUAAAUGAUUUAAUAGACCGAAUCAGGGCAUGUUAUGCGGGGAUGAUGAGUACUUAUGGUGACGUUGACCUUGCCAAAAUGAUGGUUAUGGAUGGUUGUUUCAUACUCGAAUUCAUCUACAAUUUUUCAGAAGGCCGACAAAUUAUGGGAAACAUGCUUCUUGAACAACCUGUAUUAUUUGACCUGUUCAUACUGGAAAACCAAAUUCCUUUCUUUGUCCUUAAUGACAUAUAUCAGUGUACUAUUUUUAAAUUAGGGUCUAAUGAAGCUUCUCUUAGUAAGUUCAUCUUACCUGUUCUAGAUUUCAUCGACAUCUAUUCAGGUUCAGGAUCAAGCAAUAAUAUUAUUGCAGAACUAGAUAUGGCAGGGGUAAAGUUUGAGCCUAACAGAAAUGCAAAAUGGUCGAUGGCCAUGGAAGUGAAAUUUCGUAGGUUCCCGUGGCUUUUCUGGUUUUGGGCCAUGGAUAUGCUAGUCAAUACUCAAAAGGAUGUUGCCACGUUGCCAACAGUGGAAAAUAUUGGAUAG